AGUCCUACUUACCACGGUCUGGAACCAAUUAACUGUAGUCCAUCCGGCCUCAAAUCAUUGAUGAGUGGCGAGUAUUUAGCAUACUAAGAGGAGGGUUCUGGAAAACAGUCAUUUUAUUGCAAAAGUGUCCAGCCGUGUGCCAAAACUCAACAUUUUAAUGGAUGAAUCGCUCACUUGCUGGUUUUUGCGGGGAUCUCCUGUACAUGUAUGAAUUACGAGAGACAUUUAGCGAAGACCAGGCUCCUGUUUUCACAGUUGUAAGGUAAAUAUGCUAAUGCCAGUGGGUGCUCACUUCAUACCACAGUGUAGUUUGACUUCUAACUUUUGCCACAUAUCCAAAUGAGCGCAUUUCCCCAAAUACGUACAUCUUCCUAUAUUGUAGAUAAUGAUGCAAUACGGUGUGGAGCUUCCAGUAAGUAUGCUACCGUGUUUGUGUGAAAGUGUCUAUUUCUUACACAGAGCUGAACGACAUACGGCAUCCCUGAUGUGACCAGUAAUAAUGGACAUAUCCCACGCAUGAAGGAACAUCCUGCACGUAUUACUCCUUCUGCAAUCAGGGUUUUCCCCCCAUUUGCACACUGCUACCAUGUGACCGUAGUGACAACACUGUGUAAAGCCGGCUGUUUAUAAAUCAGCUUGUAGGAAUGUGAGGCGCAUGAGUUAGAUAGUUGUCUAACUGUACGUACUUUCUGUGACCUAUUUUCUACUCGCCCUGCUAAUCCAAGUCAAAUAAAUGGCUGAUGACGUCUGACGCCGUUGUCUGUCUAUCAUCAGCAAGUUAAAGCUAGUUUAGCGUUCCACACUAAAAGUCGCAUUACAAAGACGAAAAAACACACACACACACUCCUGGUCAAGAUGUUAAGAGCAGUUGAGAAAUUGCAAGAACGGACAUUUUUGCAGUGUUGGAUUUUAGGGAGUUUUCUAAGUAGAGCUUCAAAAUGCAAAAAGAAGAAAUGAGGGAGAGACAAACAUUUUUGAGUAAGCAAUUUAUUGCAAACCGGCGUUAAUGUGAGACAGGCUGAUCAAAAGAUCCAAAGAGCACGGACUCAUUCAGCUCGUUCAAUCCCAGGCAUUUUUCAAAAGACAACCCCUUCAAUAGCAGCCUUUUUAGACCAUUUUGACUGAUUCAAGGCACACAUUAUAUUGUGUUUAAUGGUAUAUAAACAUGGAACCUACCAAAAGAAACAUUGGAAUCCUGCCUUUCAUCAGGGAAAAAAGUUUGUUUCUAGCUUUUUAGUAAUCAGCAGUAGAACAGAGGUAGGUUUCAGGAAAAUAUCAGUUCCAAACUAAAAAAAAAAAAGAAAAAAAAAGGGAGAAAAACAGCUUUUUGUGAAAAGAUACAUUCCAACCAUAACUUAAUAUCUAAACAACGAUACCAACAUAAACAACACACAAAAUGGUUGUUUUAUGUCCAAAUAACUAUUUACAAAUAUAACAUUUUCACAUUUGGAAGUGAACCAUGUGUGUGCACACGUUAGAAUUUCUGCAUAACCUUCUGCACACUACACUCUUCCCAUCUCUCUUACUUCCUUCUCCCUGUCACGUGUGAUUUUUCCAAUCUAUGAUCCAUGCCGAGCUCUUACCAAAUGCACUUCUGCCACCUUUGGCCGUUUUUAUGGCUUAAAAUUGCGCUGAAGUGAAAUGCAUGAGUGGAGAGUUGUGUCAUCACCUCUUUUUGCCUCUCACGCAAUAAAAACGUAAAAUAAAUAAAUCCGUUUUUGGGAUCAGGCGUUCGGGAUUAUAAAAGCGUCUUUGUAUCGAGUGAGUUAAAAGGCUAAAUGUUGUCAAAAAUGUGUCAGGUAUUCACACUGCCAUGGUCUCUUGAUGGCAAAGGCAAAAAAGCUUUCUCUCUUUGAAUGCAGUAAGACGGUCAUUUCAAACCUCUUCAAACAUCCUGAGACUCAUGGAACAAAAGAGUCAAGAGGUAGACCCAAAGAAAUGAGCCGGAAGAUCCCAUUGGCUGUCUACACAAGACACGGGACCAUCCUUGGCCCAAAAGAAGGUUGUUACUGGUGCCGAGUGCAGUCCGACAACGAUCAGAGGCCAUCUGCCAGAGAAGGAACAACAUCUUCAAAGGCCUUGUCUCCUUCAACGUUGGGAAUUUGCAGGAGAGCACCAAACAUGGGACAUGAAAGGUGGAAGAAAGUUUUAUUCUCCAUUAAUGGUCCUGAGGGUUCCAAUGUUACUGGCCUGACAAGGAGAUCCCAUCUGAGAUGUUUUCCACCAUCAUGACCCUUCAAUGGAACAAUGGAGCUUUAGGUUGCGCAGGGGCGUCAAACGGUAGACGGCUAUGUGGAUACGUCGCGGGGGGCAUCCUUCAUGACUGAAGGCCCUCAUCUGUGUGCUAACGACUGGCUUUUUCAACAGGACAACACUGCACUUCACAAAGGACUUCUUCCUCGCUCUUUUGGACCAUCCUGCGUGUUCCCCUCAUCUAAACCCAAUGGAGAACAUUUGGGGAUGGAUUUACAAAAAUGGACAUGAGUUCCAGACAGUGGAUGCCCUCCGUGAAGCCAUCUUCACCACCUGGAGCAACAUUCCCACGAGGCUCCUGGAACACUUAUCAAGCAUGCCCAACCCAUUUUUGAGCAUUUGAUGUCUAUUUUAGGGGGGUUUGUUUUUUUUUUUAGCUAUGGUCUUAAACUUUUGAUCAGCUGAUGAACAGCCUGUUUCGCUUUAAUGCUUGUUCGCAAUAAAUUGCUUACUCAAAAAUGUUUUUGUCUCUAUCUCAAAAAAAAAAAAAGAAAUCUAAGGAUGCAGGCGCCAUUUUGAUAUCCUGUAGAUACACUAAAGAGUUUUACAUAUUUAAAGAAAAAACAGCCUGCAUCUCAGCUUUGUGGUAUAGGUGAAAACAUGUAUUAUUCAACUUUGGUUCCUACCAUUACAAUUGUUUGCUCUUUCUAGUUCUUCUUCUUUUUUUUUUACAUUUUCCAAAUAUUUCAAAUUUCUUCUUGGAAAUGUUCUUUUUCUCAUAAUAUUAUGACUUUAUUCCCAUAAUAUUUUGCCUUUGUUUUUGUGAUAUUGUAGCUAUUUCCUAACCUGUUUUUCCAAAAAUGUGAACUUCCUCAUAAGAUUCCGACUUUCUUCUAUUAUUAUGACUUAAGGGUCCUAGUUCUUUAAAAUGUAUUUUAUUAACUCACUGCUUUUUUUUCGCUGUUGCUGUUUUAUGAGUUUUCUUGUGUAACCGUAUAUUUAGAAUGUGCCAAAAAAAAAAUAAACGAAUAAAACAAAAAAUAAAAUAAAAUGUAAAAAAUCAAAAAGAAGAAUGUGCCGUGGGCCGUGAAUGUAAACUUUGGACACCCCUGAACUACACAAUAGGACACACAACGGGCUGAAUAGGUGUCCACUAUGUUGAUGUAACACACAAAGUUACUCACAAUAGCAUAAAGAACCAAACAUACAGUGGUGUGUAAAAGUGUUUGCCCCCUUCCUGAUUUCUUUUUUUUUUUUUUGCAUGUUUGUCACGCUUAAAUGUUUCAGAUCAUCAAACAAAUGGAAAUAUUAGUCAAUGACAACACACCUGAACACAAAAUGCAGUUUUUAAAUGAAACUGUGUGUGUGGCAUGACCUUAAAAAGGCACUUGAUGCUGGAAAAGCCUCCAAUGUGGCUGAAUGACAACAAUUCUGCUAAAUUCCUCCCCAGCGCUGGAAGAGACUCACUGCAACUUAUGGCAUUUGUUUGAUGAUCUGAAACAUUGAAGUGUGACAAACAAGAAUCACCUUCUGACAUCACUGUGUGUUAGCAUACACAUGAAGUCAAAAGGCCACAUAUUGAUAGUAAUGUGGCCUCCACAGUGCGUCUGCAUGCUUUCCCUGUGUGUGUAUAUAUGGUACUGUAUGUAAGCAUGUGUGUGCGUUGCUGAUUAUGCAAAUAAUCAUUAGACAAUUGGACCAGGAAGUUUCAAUGAGGAAGAAAAAUACCCUGCCAGUUUUUGUGGAGUUCCUUAUUCUGGGGGCUGACCCGCCUGUCAGGACCAACACCAGCGGUGCAGCAAGUGGGCCGGCCAGGUGGGAAACUCACACGGGAAACCCGACGACCCGCGAGCGCGUUCAGGGCGGAUUAACGGCUUGCUCACACAUCGAGAGAUCUCUCACUUCCUCAUGCAGACGUCAUGGGCUGCAUCGAGUCCACACUGAGCCGAAGGCUGGGGGAGUCUGUCCAGGAGAAGAUGGGCCAGCGCACGAAUAACUCCCUGUUGCCUGGUCAGGUGUUUCAGAAGAUUGAGGCGCAAAGCAAGAUUGGAAAAACAGUGGUGGGCCUUUACCCGUAUGAAGCUGUUCACCCCGACGACCUUGGAUUCAAGAAAGGAGAAAAGAUGACAAUCCUGGAGGAACACGGCGAAUGGUGGAAAGCAAAGCUGCUGACAUCUGACAAACAGGGCUUCAUCCCGUCCAAUUACGUCGCCCAAACAGACACCAUGGAAACUGAGCAGUGGUUUUUCAAGGACAUCACAAGAAAGGAUGCCGAGAGGCAGUUGCUGGCGCCAGCAAACAAACCCGGGGCCUUUCUUAUCAGGGAAAGUGAAACUUCAAGAGGGAGCUACUCGUUGUCCAUCCGAGAUUUGGACGUUGACGAGACAGAAUCAGUCAAACACUAUAAGAUCAGGAUGCUGGAUAACGGCGGUUUCUACAUCUCGCCAAAGAUCUCCUUCCCUGACGUCAACAGUAUGAUCAAACACUACCACAACAAAGCAGACGGCCUGUGUCGUAAACUGGACCGUCCAUGUGUGAAGCCCAAAGCUCAGAAGCCGUGGGAUAAAGAUGCCUGGGAGAUUUCCAAAGAGUCCAUUAAGAUGGUGAAGAAGCUCGGAGCAGGCCAGUUUGGAGAAGUCUGGAUGGCUUACUACAACAGCACAACCAAAGUGGCGGUGAAGACGCUGAAGCCGGGCACCAUGACGGUGGAAGCCUUCAUGGAGGAGGCAAACGUCAUGAAGACUCUGCAGCAUGACAGACUCGUGCGUCUCUACGCCGUGGUGACCAAGACACAGCCCAUAUACAUCAUCACUGAAUUCAUGGCAAACGGGAGCCUACUAGACUUCCUGAAGAGUGAUGCGGGGUGCAAAUUGCAACUGCCCAAGCUCAUUGAUUUCUCCGCACAGAUUGCAGAAGGCAUGGCGUACAUAGAGAAGAAGAACUACAUCCACAGAGACCUAAGAGCAGCAAAUGUUCUCGUGUCAGAGAGUCUGCUGUGUAAAAUUGCAGACUUUGGCCUGGCAAGAGUCAUAAGUGAUGAUGAGUACACUGCCAGGGAGGGAACCAAGUUCCCCAUCAAGUGGACCGCUCCCGAGGCCAUCAGCUACAGCUCCUUCACAAUCAAAUCGGACAUGUGGUCCUUUGGGGUUCUGCUCUACGAGAUUAUUACCUUUGGUAAAAUGCCGUACCCAGGUAUGACAAAAGCGGAGGUGAUGUCCUCGGUGCAGCAUGGCUACCGGAUGCCCUGCCCCCAAAACUGUCCGUCGGAAGUGUACACCAUCAUGAUGUCCUGCUGGAAGAGCAAGCCGGAUGACAGGCCCACCUUCGACUACAUGCAGAGUGUCCUGGACGACUAUUAUACUUCCACGGAGGGACAGUACCAGCACCAACCGUAGACAAAGACAGCAAAUAUAGCAAUAUCAUGUGUAGUGUAUUAUAUGUAAAAGUACAAGUACAAGUACAGGAUGUAUAAGUACAUUAACUUGAAUAUAAGCAUGUGUGAUACUUGUCUUUGUUGAGUACCCCUGAGUCAGUGGAACUUGAGUCUUGAAAGACCAUGAGUCAAUGAAACUCAAGUCUUCAUCGAGCACCCAUGAGUCAGUGAUACUCGAGUCUUUGUUGAGUAUCCAUGAGUAGAGUGUAAAUCGAGCCGUUGUCGAGCACCCGUGAGUCAGUGAAACUCGAGUCUUCAAAGAGUGCUCGUGAGUCAGUGAAACUUGAGUCUUCAUAGAGCACCCAUGAGUCGGUGAAACUAAAGUCUUUGUCAAGCACCCGUGAGUCAGUAAAACUCAAGUCUUCAAAGCGUCCUCAUGAAACUUGAGUCUUCAAAUAGUACCCGUGAGUCAGUGAAACUUGAGUCCUCAUAGCGUGCCCAUGAGUCAGUGAAACUCGAGUCUUCAUCGAGCACUCGAGUCAGUGAUACGCGUGGCUUUGUUGAGUACCCAUUAGUAGAGUGAAAAUAGAGUCUUUGUUGACCACAUGUGAGUCAGCGAAACUCGAGUUAUCGUCAAGCACCCAUGAGUUGGUGAAAUUUGAAUCUUCAAAAAGUACCUGUGAGUUAAUGAAACUUGAGUCUUUGAUGAGCACCCAUGAGUCCAUGAAACUCAAGUCUUCGUCGAGCACCCACCCCGUGAGUCAGUGAAACUUGAGUGUUCGAAGAGCACAUGUGAGUCAGCAAAACUCCAGUCUUCGUGGAGCACUCGUGAGACAGUAACACUCGAGUCUUUGUCGAGCAUCCACCCGUGAGUCAGUGAAACUUGAGUCUUCAAAGAGCACACAUGAGUCAGUGAAAGUGGAGGUUUCAAAGAAAACACGUGAGUCAGUCAUACUUUAGUCUGUAUCGAGCACCCGUGAGUCGGUGAAAGUCGUGGGCUGAGCGAGUGAAUUGUUCAUUUUGUGGAGUCUGUGACGCAGCUCGGGUAGGAAGGAGAAAAGAGAGGUGAUUUGAGGCAAGGAGCUGAUCUGUUGCUUUUUCCACGAGGCCAAUACAUUUCUACAAAUACAGUCGAAGUAACAGUUGCGCCCUUAGCGACAUGUUGACUGCUUUCCUGUUUUUAAUUCAGCUAGCGGUGGGAGUAAGUGAAGGGGUUAACGGAGAUGAGUACCAUGAGUCCCGGACAAGUGAAAACUCGCACCUUUUGAACGAUUUGUUCAAACGCUCCAUUUGUCAUUGGCUCUUCAAGAGUAUGCUUCAUAUUGAAGUACUUCACUUUCCCUUUUUAAAACUUUGUAAACCAACACCGUCCCGUUUGUUUCUAGUAGCAAAGUACUUAUAGUUACAGUAUAUCAAGUAUGUGAUGAUUUGGAUACAAUUUUGUUGACCAAUAUAUGUCCUUGUUUCUGAUGAUGUUUUAUAUUUAUCUUUUUUUUAAUCUUAAUGUAAAGAUCAUAUCGUUGUUUGUAAAAUCACUGACAAUUGCCUGUUAAUGUUUUUUAUUUAUUGUCCCCAACCAACAUCUAUUAUUGAUUGAUUUGAUUGGAGAC